AUGUCUCGCAAUGGCCGACCAGAGCCAGAGGUCAUCAUGAAUUACGCAGACGGCUUCGCAUACUCCAAAGGGAAGAUGGAGGAAGCCUUCCGGCCAGGUGGUAUCUUGGAAAAGCCUCCCACAAAACCAGCUAAGGAUCCGAACGCGCCUCAAAUUAAAAGAGAGGAUAUCGAUCUUAUCGUUCACGAAUUAGGGAUCACCCGUGCCCAAGCGGAGAAGGCUCUCGCAGAAAACGGCGGGGACGUAUCCAAGGCCCUGCUGUAUCUAAUUACGCCCAAUAGCAACGCAAGUGCUUGA